AUGUCGGUCGAUCGAACGCCGAUAAAAACGACGGUGGAUCCCGAGCAGGUGAAGAUGCUUAUCCACCAACGAGGAGCAGUGAAAGGAAAAGUGACGAAAAUCCACAAUACGCUAGAGAACCCUGAAGACCAUCCGGAGCUAGUGAGUGUGCCACUGCUGAAGGUGUUCCAGAAGAAACUGGAAAUGCACUAUAGUGAGUAUGAGGCCAUCCAUCGUGAAGUGUUGUCAGUGACGCCGCCAUCGAAGGUUGAAGAGCAGGAUGAAAAGCUGGAGGAGUUUGACAAACUGCACACCGACGCCUUGAUCAGGCUGGAGCAGCUGAUGGAGAGUCUCACCAAGCAACCUGCCACCGCGAAUGUCAACGCUGGAGCAGCACCUCCCGUAGUGGUGCAGCAGUCCCUCAAAGCACCGAUACCCUGCUUUGAUGGGAAAACCGAGAACUGGCCAAAGUUCAAGGCGAUGUUUUCGGACGUGGUGUGCAACAGCAGCGACUCGGAUGCUGUCAAAUUGCAUCACUUGGACAAGGCCCUUGUCGGUGAUGCCGCCGGACUCAUCAACGCCAAGAUGAUUACCGACAACAACUUCAAGGAAGUUUGGAGGCAGCUGACCGAACAGUUCGAGAACCCGAGAGUGAUUGUGGACACCCACGUCGAGGGAUUGAUUCGUCUGAAGCCGAUAGCGAAGGGAAGCUACAAGGAUCUUCUGGAGCUGAUCAAGACCUGCGAGCGUCACGUAGCUGGGCUGGGGUACCAGGGACUGAAUGUGGAUACCCUCUCCGGCAUCCUCAUCACCAAGCUGCUGACGUCGCGGCUGGACGACCACACCCUCCAGCUGUGGGAGCGCAACCAGAAGCACGAAUCUUCGUUGAAACCCCAGUCUGAACCCCUUCCUCAGAAGAACGAUUCUCCAAAGGUUAACGCGGAAGUGAGCAAUACACCCAAACCCCCAACGUCAGCAGCCCCAAAUACCUCGUGCUCGUGCAGUAAUCCCCAAACCGUGAAAACCGUGAUGCUGUUGACGGCCGUUAUUAACCUCGAAGAUUGUCGUGGUAAUGUGGUUCCGUGCCGCACCCUUUUAGAUAGUGGAUCCCAAGUGUGCUUCCUGUCAGAAGUGAUGGCCAACCGAUUGUCCAAUCCCCGUGAAUCUGUAAGCGUUCCGGUUACAGGAAUCGGUGAAGCCAAGUUCUAUGCUCGUGAGAAGCUGAACGUGUCAGUUUCCUCCAGGUAUUCGAACUUUUCUACCACCGUCGAGUGUCUGAUUGUACCGAAGGUUACUGGAAUUAUUCCAUCGUCGAAGAUUGAUAUCUCCUCCUGGUCGAUUCCAGCAGGGAUACAAUUAGCCGAUCCCGAGUUUUUCGUGCCAGAGCGAAUUGAUAUGCUCAUUGGUGCUUCGAAGUUUUUUUAUUUGCUUAAGUCAGGUCACCUCCGACUAGCAGAUGGUUUGCCAGAACUCCAUGAGACCCAUUUCGGAUGGGUUGUUGCGGGUGAGAUAGACGAUCGUGUUGUCAAUACGGUGCAACAAGUGCAUUCCGCCACUGUGGAUUCUUUGAAUGAUACCGUGAAGAAGUUCUGGGAACUGGAAGAGAUUGCUGAUACCCCGAGCCUAGGAACCGAGCAGGAUGAGUGUGAGGACACCUUCCAAAGGACCCACCAUCGAACACCAUCUGGAAGAUAUGUUGUGCAAUUACCCUUUCGAGAAGAUGUCGACAAGCUUUGUGACAACCGAGAGAUGGCUCUCCGUCGUUUCCUUGCGUUGGAAAGACGACUCGUGAAGGAUCCUACCCUGAAGGAGCAGUACGUGCGAUUCAUUCAAGAGUAUGAGGAGUUGGGCCAUUGCAGAGAAGUGGAUGAAGCACGCGAUCAUCCAUCGCAUGGACGCUACUAUUUACCCCACCACGCCGUGUUGAGACCAUCUAGCUCCACAACCAAGCUACGAGUGGUUUUUAACGCCUCGGCGCGACCAUACCAAGGCGCAAGGUCGCUGAAUGACGUUCUGCAAGUCGGUGGCAACGUACAAAAUGACUUGUUCAGUAUCCUCCUUCGAUUCCGCAGACAUGCCGUAGCUUUCACUGCCGACAUCACGAAGAUGUAUCGCCAAGUGCUGGUUGAUCCAUCGCAGACUUGUUACCAAAGGAUUUUCUGGAGAGAAAGCCCAGACAAACCACUGAGAGUAUUGGAGUUACAGACCGUAACGUACGGGACUGCCGCUGCACCUUUUCUAGCCACCAGGUGUUUAAGCCAGUUGUGCGAGGAUGAAGGAGGCAGGUUCCCAGUUGCAGCGAAAAUAGUGCGAAAGGACUGUUACGUCGAUGACGUCCUUUCAGGAGCCGAGAGCGCAGAAGAAGCAGUUGAUGCCCAGCAGCAGUUACAACAGCUGUUGCGAUGUGGUGGAUUCCCGAUACAUAAAUGGAGUUCGAAUUGUCUAGCGAUGCUUACUAAUGUUCCCGAGACAGACCGAGAGAAACUGAUACGCUUGGAUCAAGAGUCGACCCGAGAAGUAGUCAAGACCCUGGGACUGACUUGGAGCCCCAGAGCCGAUGAGUUCGUGUUUCUUACCAGUAGUUGUGCCAAAGUUCCAAGCAAGUACACAAAGCGGAUGGUAUUUUCUGAGAUUGGUAGACUGUUCGAUCCGCUGGGCUUGGCAUCACCCAUCGUCGUUAUUGCUAAGAUGCUAAUGCAAGAGAUUUGGAAGUCUGGUCUACCAUGGGAUGCCGAGCUUGAUGGAGAACUACUUCAGUGGUGGCUGACUUUCCGUGACGCUUUACCAGGAGUUUGCGAGUUGAGCAUACCCCGCCGUGUGAUUUCCCAACAAGCCGUUGCCCUGGAAAUACACGGAUUUUCAGAUGCGUCGAUUCGAGCGUACGGAGCCGUAUUGUAUGUGAGAAGCAUUAUACCAGAUGGCACUGCACAACUAGCCCUGUUGUGUAGUAAGUCGAAGGUGUCGCCUAUCGCUGAGAUCUUCGUCCGAAAUAGAGUAUCGGAAAUCAACAAGGAGACCAGUGGCUACACAUGGAAGUAUAUCCCCACCAAGGAGAACCCUGCGGACAUAAUAUCAAGAGGAAUGCUCCCUAAUGCUUUGAAGUCAAGCGAGUUGUGGAGGAACGGCCCAAGGUUCCUAUGGGAAUCUGAUUACCAAGUUGAGUCGCCAACAGAUAUCCCAGAUGCGGAGCUGCCGGAGAUGAAACAGAUCGUAGUUGUAGCGUCAACCGCCUUCAACAGAGAACAACUUCCCGUAUUUUCUAAAUACAGUUCCUUCCGUAAGCUUCAGCGAGUGAUAGCUUACGUCCAGCGUUUCAUCUCAAACUGUCGUGAGAAGGAUGACAAGCUCCGUGUCAAACAAAGACACACCAGUGUUCCAGAGCUCCGUAAGGCAAUGGAGCUGAUUAUAAAGAUCGUUCAGCACGAGGUUCUUGGAGAUGAAAUCAGACGGAUUAUUCAAAACGAGCCUUGUAAGAAAAUUGCACAGUUGCAUUCCAUAUACCAGGAUGGAGUUUUAAGAGUCGGAGGGAGAUUGAAACACUCACCCAUGAUGUCAGAAGCAAAACACCCGUACAUACUUCCGAGGCACCCGAUUGUUGACCUGUUGAUUCGAGCAUAUCAUUUGGAGAACUUGCACGAGGGACCGUCUAGUUUGCUUGCGAACCUACGCACUCGUUUCUGGAUACUAGACGGACGAUCGGCCCAAAUGGGCAAUCUACCUUCUUGUCGGGUCACGCCAGCUCAUCCAUUCGAGGUCACGGGCGUAGAUUAUGCAGGUCCUGUGUAUGUGAAACAGGGGCGCCACCGACCGAGAUUAGAGAAAGCAUAUCUGGGAGUCUUCGUGUGCAUGGUCACAAGGGCUGUGCACCUGGAGUUAAUUUCCGACAUGACCACCGAAGCCUUUGUUGCGGCAUUGCACCGAUUCACCGCAAGAAGAGAAGUGCCGAGAGAGAUCCAUUCUGACAAUGGAUCCAACUUCCGAGGAGCGAGAAACGAGUUGCACGAGCUGUUUGAAUUGUUCCGCUCAGAAGCGUUGGAGAAUGAGAUUGAGGAUUUUUGUCAGCCAAGGGAAAUUUCAUGGCACUUCAUUCCUCCUGAAGCGCCAAACUUUGGGGGAAUUUGGGAGGCUGCUGUGAAAAGCGCAAAAUUCCAUUUGAAAAGAACUCUCAAAGACGCUCGGUUAACAUUUGAGGAGUAUGUGACAGUCUUGGUUCAGGUUGAGGCAAUUCUAAAUUCAAGACCGCUCUAUUCCGUAUCGUCUGACCCGGGUGACCCUGAAGUGAUCACACCGGGACACUUCUUGAUUGGCCGGCCCUUAACUGCCAUACCGGAACCCAGCUAUGAGGGUAGCCCGGUCAAUCGUCUAAGUCGUUGGCAAUACCUCCAGAAACUGCGAGAAGGUUUCUGGCAUAAGUGGAAGCGCGAAUACCUUCAGUCCCUUCAAGGUCAAAACAAAAACAGGACUAAGCAGCCAAACAUCCAGCCCGGCAUGAUUGUGCUGCUCGAGGAGAAGGAAACACCGCCAUAA